UUGGUUUAUUCUUGUAUGUGCUCUGACUGGGGAUCUAACCCACAACCUUGGUGUAUGAGGACAACACUCUAACCGACUGAACUGCUCGGUGACCCGGGCUCAUGACAGGUUUACAUUUUAACCAUUCUCACAGUUAUCAGGGUUCAUUCAGUUAAUAAAGAAGUUAGUGAAGUUUCUGGCAGCAUGGUACAGUAGGUACAUUUGACUCAGAUGCAUCUAAGUUACCUGUUGAAGCAUGUCAGCUAAAGCAAAAGAGAAUAGGUUUCCCAUACUAUUAUCACUGGGAAAAUAGAUUUCAUCUCUGAAACUUGGGGUUUCUUUAUAGACAGUACGGUGAGAAAGGAUGACAGCAGAACUCCCUACUGUUCCCUGAUUAUCCUGAUGAACUGGGGGUAUUGUAAUGAGGCUUACCUGAAGGCCCGGCCCUGAACCUUUCUGAAGUAGUUUCCUGUUAUACCUAUUUGUGCUGCAGAUUUCUUGGAAAUAGAUGGAUCCCCACCUGUGUGAGCCUCUGCACGCUGACAGGCAGUGAAAAAUCACUGCCGCGUGAGGAGGGGGAGCAGUUUGAAAGGGACGAGGACUAGGACCCAAACUGACCUCCAUGCACGCUGGUCCUGCUGAGCAGCUCACACUGGAACUAGGUGGAGAAGAUAGAACUGGCAGUGGCUGAGGUGUGACCCGUACUCUUGUGCUAUGUUUGAUUUAAUUUCGAAUGAGAUUGUUCUUGCAGCAAGAUGUUAAUAAGACAAAAUCUAGACUAAAUGUGUUAAAUGGCUUGCCAACAAUAUGGAUGAUUUGAAGAUAAACACCGAUAUUACUGGUGCUAAAGAAGAACUCCUAGAUGACAACAAUUUUAUCUCAGACAAAGAGAGUGGAGUUCAUAAACCAAAAGAUUGUCAGACAUUUCAGAAUAACAAUACGUUCACUCUGCCUGAAGAACUGUCAAAGGACAAAUCAGAAAAAGCCUUAAGUGGAGGCCAGUCUACUCUAUUUAUACAUGCUGGUGCUCCUACUGUUUCUGGUGAAAACUUUAUCUUGCCUAAAGGAGCUGCUGUUAAUGGACCAGUUUCACACUCCUCCAUAACUAAGACUUCCAAUAUGAAUAAAGGCAGUGUUUCAUUAACCACUGGACAGCCUGUGGAUCAGCCAACAACAGAAUCUUGUUCAACUUCGAAGGUGGCAGCUGAUCUCCAGCUGUCUACACCACAGAAAGCAAGUCAACACCAAGUUUUGUUUUUGUUAUCAGAUGUAGCACAUGCUAAGAAUCCAACCCAUUCCAUUAAAAAACUACCUACCUCUGCUUCAGGUGGUUGUGACAUUCAGAAUUCAGUAGGGAGUAGUAUAAAGUCAGAUAGCACUUUAAUAAAUCAAGUAGAGGUGGGUGAGGAUAGUGAAGAUUUAUUGGUAAAAGAUGAUUGUGUCAAUACAUUAACAGGUAUUUCCUCAGGUACAGAUGAAUUUAGGUCAGAAAAUGAUACAAACUGGGACCCCCAAAAAGAGUUCAUUCAGUUUCUUAUGACUAAUGAAGAGACAGUGGAUAAAACUCCAGUUCAUUCUAAAGUAGGUCUAGAAAAAAAGAGAAAGCGAAAAAUGGAUGUAAGCAAGAUAACUCGUUAUACUGAGGAUUGCUUUAGUGAUUCUAAUUGUGUACCCACUAAGUCAAAGAUGCUAGAAGUAGACUUUUUGGAACAGAAUGAAGAACUACAAGCAAUAGACUCACAGAAAUAUGCAUUAUCAAAAGUGAAGCCUGAAUCAACUGAUGAAGACUUGGAAUCUGUGGAUGCUUUUCAACAUCUAAUUUAUAAUCCAGAUAAGUGUGGAGAAGACAGUUCACCUGUUCAUACUAGCACUUUUCUUUCAAGUACCUUAAAAAAAAAAUGUGAAGAAAGUGAUUCUGAGUCACCUACUACUUUCAGCACCGAAGAGCCAUCAUUCUACCCCUGUACAAAGUGCAAUGUGAAUUUUAGGGAGAAAAAGCACCUCCACAGGCAUAUGAUGUAUCAUUUAGAUGGGAAUAGUCACUUUCGCCAUCUUAAUGUCCCAAGGCCAUAUGCUUGUCGGGAAUGUGGGCGGACAUUUCGAGAUCGUAACUCACUUCUAAAGCAUAUGAUUAUUCAUCAAGAGAGAAGACAGAAGUUGAUGGAGGAAAUUCGUGAGUUGAAAGAACUUCAGGAUGAAGGAAGAAGUGCACGAUUACAGUGCCCUCAGUGUGUAUUUGGUACCAAUUGCCCUAAAACAUUUGUGCAACAUGCUAAGACCCAUGAAAAAGAUAAAAGGUACUACUGCUGUGAAGAGUGUAACUUCAUGGCAGUGACAGAAAAUGAAUUGGAAUGCCAUCGAGGCAUUGCCCAUGGAGCAGUGGUAAAAUGCCCUAUUGUCAGUUCUGAUGCAGCCCAGAGAAAAACGCAAAAAAAGUCUUUCGGGAAAGACUCUGCUACAGGAUCAUCCAAAAAAUCAGCUACCUAUGUAUGUAAGAUGUGUCCUUUUACUACAUCAGCCAGAAGUAUUUUGAAAAAACACAUGGAGUACUUGCAUUCAUCAUCAUGCGUUGAUUCUUUUGGUCGUGCUCUUGGACUCGGUAAAAGAAAAAGUAACAUCCAUGAAGAACCUGUAGAUAAUGAUAGCACUAAACCAUUAAGCAAGCAACAGUCAACCACAUUUCCAAAGAACUCUGCUUUAAAACAAGAUGUAAAGAGAACAUAUGGGUCAUCCUCACAAUCAAGUAAUUUUUCAAAAUUCCACAAGCGGCCACACAGGAUACAAAAAGCUCGGAAAAGCAUCGCCCAGUCAGGUGUUGUGAACGUGUGCAAUCAAAACAAUUCUCAUAAGACUGUAAUCAUUAAAAGCAGCAUUGACCAAAAACCUAAGUAUUUCCAUCAAGCAGCAAAAGAAAAAUCUAAUGCCAAGGCAAAUAGCAACUAUUUAUAUAGACACAAAUAUGCAAACUACAGGAUGAUCAAAAAAUCAGGUGAAUCAUAUCCUCUGCAUUUCAAAAAAGAAGAAGCUGGUUCAUUAAAUUCUUUACAUCUGUUUUCAUCAUCAAGUAAUUCUCACAACAAUAGUUUUAUUUCGGACUCUCACAGCUCUGACACCAAAAGGCCAGAAAACUUCAAAGACCGCAGGCGUGUAUCUGUAAAGAGAGCAGUUAAACAAUCUAAGAAGGAAAGUUCUGCUGGAGGGGAAGACUUGGAUAGCUAUCCAGAUUUCUUGCAUAAAAUGACUGUUGUUGUUUUACAGAAACUUAAUUCUGCUGAAAAGAAAGAUAGCUAUGAAACAGAAGAUGAAAGUUCCUGGGAUAACGUUGAGCUAGGUGACUACACUACACAGGCUAUAGAAGAUGAAACCUAUAAUGAUAUUAAUCAAGAACAUGUAAAUUUAUUCCCUCUAUUUAAAAGCAAGGUGGAAGGUCAAGAACCUGGAGAAAAUACUACCCUUAGUUAUGAUCAAAAUGAUGGCUUUUAUUUUGAAUAUUUUGAAGAUGCUGGAACCAAUAACUUUUUGCAUGACAUACAUGAUCCUCAGCAUUUAGAAAAUGCAGACAGUUCAUUGUCAAAGCAUAGUUCUGUUUUUCAUUGGACUGAUUUGUCUCUUGAGAAGAAAUCAUGUCCUUACUGCCCAGCAACAUUUGAAACUGGUGUUGGGUUGUCAAAUCAUGUCCGGGGACAUCUUCAUAGGGCAGGAUUAAGCUAUGAAGCCCGUCAUGUUGUAUCACCAGAACAAAUAGCCACCAGUGACAAAAUGCAACAUUUCAAAAGAACUGGCACAGGGACACCUGUUAAGCGAGUUAGAAAAGCUAUAGAGAAGUCUGAAACCACUUCUGAACACACUUGUCAGCUCUGUGGUGGUUGGUUUGAUACUAAAAUUGGAUUAUCAAAUCAUGUUAGAGGCCACCUGAAAAGACUUGGAAAGACCAAGUGGGAUGCUCACAAAUCUCCAAUCUGUGUUCUGAAUGAGAUGAUGCAAAAUGAAGAAAAAUAUGAAAAAAUCUUAAAGGCAUUGAACAAUCGUCGUAUUAUUCCCAGACCAUUUGUAGCUCAAAAACUUGCAUCAAGUGAUGACUUUCUGUCUCAUAAUGUUAUACCUCUUGAAGCAUACCGUAAUGGCCUAAAGACUGAAGCUUUAUCAGUAUCUGCAUCAGAGGAAGAAGGGCUGAGUUUCCUAAAUGAAUAUGAUGAAACAAAACCAGAACUGCCCAGUGGAAGAAAGAAUCAGUCUCUUACAUUGAUAGAACUGCUUAAAAAUAAAAGGAUGGGAGAAGAAAGGAAUUCUGCUAUCUUUCCUCAAAAGAUCCAUAAUCAAACUGCAAGAAAGAGAUUUGUUCAGAAAUGUGUUCUUCCAUUAAAUGAAGAUAGUUCAUUGAUGUAUCAUCCACAAAAAAUGGACUUGACUAUGCACUCAGUUUUAGAUUGUAAGCAAAAGAAAUCAAGGUCAAGAUCUGGAAGCAAGAAGAAAAUGCUAACAUUACCUCAUGGUGCUGACGAGGUUUACAUUCUCAGAUGCAGGUUUUGUGGCCUAGUCUUUCGUGGACCAUUGUCUGUUCAGGAAGACUGGAUUAAGCACUUACAACGACACAUUGUAAACGCUAAUCUUCCACGGACUGGAGCUGGCAUGGUGGAAGUCACGUCACUGUUUAAAAAGCCUGCUUCCAUUACAGAAACUUCAUUUUCUUUACUAAUGGCAGAAGCAGCUUCAUAGAACGAGGAAACCUUUUAAAUAGCAAAUAUGAAUUGGAUGUAAAUUUGAAAUUCUUUGUCUUUUUUUUAAAGCCACAUUAAAUUAUCUGUUUAUAAAUACUAAAGCAGGAAAAAGGGGAAAGGUGAAUUAUGGUGACAUCAGAACAAAUUGAGUACUUCAAACAGUAAGUAGUCUAUUUUAUAUAGGACAGAAGAUGUGUUUUCAAGGCUUACUGGAUUUUGUCAGUUAACUGUAUUCAUUCAGUAAAAGAUCAGUAUACGUAAGCAGUCAUUAAUAAACUUGCACAUAGAUACUUAAAGACAGACUUAAGGAAAAUUAUGUUUUCUGCAGUGUUACCAGGAUCAAGGUUCUGUUUAUUCCCCCACAAGACUUGCAUUGAAAAAUAAGAUAUUAUAUUUUGUUUGUAUGUAUUUAGUGUUUUGUAUAAUACCUGGAACCGCUAACUAAAUUUACUCAACUUAGGGCAUUAAAUAUCAUGUACUUCAUAGAUUGAGACUGUUCACUCAAAUAGGGCAGAGUACUAUUCUAUCUAGAUGUGUAAGUGUUUUUUUAAAAUCACAUGGAAUGGUUUUUUUUAUACUAAAAAGUGGAGGGAGAUUUGUUUAAACAAGUAUUUCUAAAAGAAAUAUGUACAUAGUCCUGGAAAUUAUUUGUGGUAAGGAAAUAUUCUUUACUCCAGUUGCAUUUCUCAGACAAAUAAAGUGGUGCAUCCAUGCUACCUCCUACUUUGUCAACAAAGAUGCUAUUUACCCUUUACAUUUUUGUAUCAUAAUAGAUUUUAAAAUCUAAUGUUCUUUAUUGCAAGGCAUCCUUUUGUUAACAGAUUUGUUUCUUUUUAAUGUUUUACCUAAAAUUUGACAUGCUUACAGGACAGGUUUGCCUCUUACUUUAUUUAACAUUGUAGAAAUGUAAUUAAUAAAGAUGCUCACUACACAAUUUAGAAUAGGUUUUCUCAUUUAUAUUCUCUUCCAAAAUUGAUCAGUAGCAAAACUUAAUACACCAAUUGAAAUAUUUCUACAUAUGAUGAGAAUGUUUACAAUUUAAAUUUUAGAACUUGUUUUGGAUGUGAUUAUAUGUACGAAAAUCGUGUAACACUAUGCUUAUGCUAAGAACCGACAUAAUGGAAUUACUGAAAUAAAUGUGCUGUGAGGAAUGGAAAAUAUGGUGCAGAUGUCUUGGUCAUGAUAAAUUGUGAUUCUUCUUUUCAACUUUUUCCAAAAACAAAUUAGUUCUUUUAAUCUGAAAUCAGAUUGCUUUACAAAUAACAGUUUUUGUAUGCAAGCACCAUUUCAUUUAAUUUCAUGUAGUAUGGCUAAUACUAUAGUUGAAACAAGGAUAUGCAUUGAUACUUCGUAUGUAAAUAAAGUUAAAAACAUUAAAUAAGGAGUAUUUUGGUAGAGUAUAUACAUACCUCACUGCCAGUGAAAUUGCUUUCCUAUGGUAUAUCUCCUUACCAGAAAAAUCUCUAAAUAAAAAAAGACUUAAAGAAAGUUACAAUGUGUAUAGUGUGAAGCAUUUUUUAUUUUUAUCACUGGUGGGAAUAGCCCAUUUGGGUUUGUGUUUCAUUUGAUUUAAAUUGUUUAUACUUAGCAGAUUACUUUAUUCACAUACCUUAUAUGUGAAAUUAGGAAAUUGGACUGAAUGGAUCAUUCAAGAGUCUCUUGAUCCCUGGGGUGUACUAGAUAAAGGAAAAGUACUUGUAAGUUAUCUUCAUUUUCAAAAUGCCUAAUAGAAACUGUAUUUUUUUUAUAAAGAUGAGAGUAAAACAUCAAAUUACUUUUGACUAAAAAUAUACCAAAUCUG